UCAAAGACAAGAAAUCAAAAUUCCCAAAAAUAAACGCCUAAUUUACCUCCUUGUCCCUGCACUGACCCAUUCAAAUCCCUCUUUCAGGCUUUUCAUCGUUUGCCAAUUUCAGGGCUAAAACCGUCUUAUUACUUUCGUUUUGAAAUAAAAUUCAAAAAUUUAGAUCGUUACAAAAGGAAGUUACAGACUUUGGUGCUAUAAUAAAUCCAAAAAUAAAAAAUAAAAAAAUAAAAAACGUGCUUGUACCUUGGCUAUAAACUGUUGUACUUCCAUAUUUCUUUUAAAUUUUGGAAAGUAAAUGAAAAGAAAAUCAGAGUAUUUAUGCUACAGUGCCGUUUCUUUCUCUUCUCUGUUAGUACAAAACUUGCAAGCUCGAAUUUCGAGGAUUAGGGUUUUUGGCAAAUCCAGUCAAAUCAAUACAGUAUUAUUAUUUACUACUGUUAUACGUAUCGUCUAUCGAUUGAGACAGAGAGGAAAAAGAAAUGGAAAUGGAAAUGGAAGAUGAAGAAAUGGAAGUGGAGUUAGUGUUCGAGGCGCGUGAGGUUGAUCUUGAUUACGAAUUUGAUGCUGCAAUGUUCUUUGAUUUCACGCGUCAAGAGUCACUUGCGGAGGCGCAUGAGGCUGAGCGGUGGUUUGAUACGGCUCAGAGCUAUCCUCCUUCUCCUUUUGUGGCAAAGCUGGCGUUAAGAGAAGAAAAUACGGAAACUUUGAUAACUGAAGAGUGCAGAGGUGGCUUAUUAGACACAGAAGCUCCUGAAAUAGAGGUGGAAAACCAAGAAUGCGAAAGAACGUAUAGAGGGAUUUUUACCAACUUGCAAAGUGGCCAUCUGCAAGAAGUUCAAAAUAAACCACUUGAAUUGCCAACAGAAUUGACUAAUUACAAUCAUACAUAUACUGGUAUGUCACGGGUAAAGUCCACUGUAAAGCCAAAUCUUCCUAGGAGAUCAACUUUGAUGAAACCUACAGCAAGCGUAUUGGCCAAGCAAAAUCAGCGCCCUCAAGGUGAUGGUUCCAGAUUUCAGCUGCUAUUUGAUCAAAAGGAGAAAAGCAUAUGUAGUUCUUCUGCAGUUGAAAGUCAAGCUGCAAAGAGGCAAAAGCUAGAGGGAGGCCACUCCCGUAAGUUUGGCGAUGCAAAGCAGCAAAUAGAUUUCGUCCACAAGGCACCUAGAAAGGAAGGAACUAUUGAUAAAUGCUCUGCUCAGUCAAGGCUGAGGCUUACUAUUCCAAGAGAGCCUGAUCUUGAAACAGCACAUCGGGCUCAUAGGAUGAGGCCUAAAAAUAACACAGAAGUUGAACAUGUGACAGUGGCUGCACAAAGAUUUAAAGCUCGUCCAUUAAACAGAAAAAUUCUCGAGGCUCCUUCAUUGCCUCUUCCAAAGAAGAGCACUCCAAAGUUGCCAGAGUUCCAAGAAUUUCAUCUUAAGACAUUAGAGAGGGCAAUGCAGCAUGCAUUUGUAGUUUCUUCUUCCUCACUUCAGCACAAUGAUUCUGAACAGGGGUUGGACAAAUCUACUACAGUUUCUGUUGCAGAAAUUGGAAAGAGAGAAUCUAGAAGACCAAGCACUGUGGAUACUAAAAAGCAGGAUGGAUGCAGUGCACCACAUGUAUUUAAAGCUCGUCCUCUGAAUAAGAAGAUAUUCACAAGUAAAGGUGAUAUUGGUGUUUUCCGAAAUAGCAAGCGGGAAACCACAGUGCCAACGGAAUUUAAUUUUCAUACAGAAAAGAGGAUUCAUCAUAAUCCACCCAUAGAUCUUUUCAGUAAGCUAUCCCUGGCAUCCGAGCUCCAGCCAAAUAAUGGAUUUCGGUUGCAAUUGCCUCGACCAAGCUUAAUGUCCAUAAAGGGCUCAAAAGAAAAUAGAUUGAAUCAUCUACAAACGGAGCAUAAGAUAACAGUGACACAUUCAGCAAAAGAAAAGCCACUGAUUUUUGGUGGAAAGCAGACUCAAUCCAGUGAAGUUGGAAAUCAAUUGAGCAUGAGGAGCUUGGGUGUCCGGUGAUAGCUCAACAGAGACGUCAAAUGGGAGUUUGAUGGAUCUAUACCUGAACAUUGCGAAACAGUUGAAAAAGAUAGCAACUUUUUUUUUAUUGGUUGUGCACAGAAUCAAUGUUGGUCGCCUUGGUUAAAAGGGGUAUUAUAUAGCUAAGAAGAAACUGAUCUGAUAGAGUCAUGUAAAGCUAAUUUCGGUCUCCAACAAUUCGUAGGUCACUGUCCUUAGUCCAAUAAACUGGUUGCUGGGCCACUGUUGUACAGCGAUUAGGCCUGCUCAACCUCAUACCACCUUCAGGUCUUUUUUGUAGCAUGAACACCAUAUGCAAUCACUAUUAAUGAAAGGUUACAGAAUAGGGUUUUCUUUUUA